AUGGCAACCACCGCAAACGAGCAGCAACUGUGCCGGCCGUCGUCGCCCGAGACCUCGCCGACGCUCGCCAUUGGUGCCUGUCCCGAUCUUUCGCGCUGCGUCUCAACCGCCUCUUCCGCAUCUCACGGGUCUCAAACAGAUGUCGGCUCUCGAGACUCCCUCGGCAGCGAGCUGACUUCGCGACACUCCUCUGCCUCGUUCCACUCGCGACACUCAGAUGUGUCCAACCUCUCCGCACAGACCGCAAACAGCGGUGACCGCAGGCCGCGUCGCCGAGGCUACGUGCGCCCGCAGGCGACAUACUUUGCAGCGAGCGCUAGGUCACGAGAGAGCGUAAUGAACCUCGGCAGCAUCGCGCACCUGCAGUAUUAUUUCGCUAGAACCGGCCUCUUGGACGGCAAAGGUGGGCAACUUGCGCGCAAGAAGCAGAACCAGCGAGCGACCUUGGACAUGUCCGCCCUGGAGGGAUUGAGUGGUGCCACCCCCGCCGUUGUGGCGACCGAUGCGGACUUGUCCUAUUCAUCCAUGGGUGGCAGCCCGGAUCUUGGCGGGGGCGACAGGGAACUUGCCGGCCACUCUGAGUCUCCGCUCGAGGAGAUGGAUGACGAGUAUUUCGAGGAUAGCUUCGCCGAAUCGGACCCUGGCAUGCUCCCGCCAACCGUCAGCACAUACCACCACAGGUCUCCGCACGUCCCCAAACCGCCCACGAUAGUGGAACUGAAGGCGGAUCUGGAAAGCAGCCUGCAGGAUGCCGCCAAGUCACUCAAGGAGGUAGACGACCGCAAGGCUGGCGUGUUCAAGGAGGAGCCCCAUCCGUCCGAGUACCCCAACAUGCCCACGGCGAACACGCAGGGCUGGUAUGAACUGCAGGGCAUGCACAUUCUCGACGUCGUCACCCUCGCCAUUCGGGCCGCCAAGAUGUACUACACGGCGCACGAGCUGCCUGACCGGCUCGAUUCCAUCAAGCCGGAGAAGCAGGUCCGCGCAGAUCUGCUUGCCGUGAUGGAAACGCUGAAGCAAAUGGCAACGCGCAACUUCAAGGGUGGCAUGAAGGACGACGAGAUCAAGAUCAUGCAGGGCUGGAUCGAGAGCGUCUUUGACAUCCUGAGAAAGGAGGAGGAAAUUGAGGCGGCGGAGAAGGCAGAGCAAGCCGGAUGGGCUUGGCUGAGCGGAGACUGGUCAGGACGGGACCUGGAGAGGGAGAGGGCGUUUCUCAUGUCCAUGGACACGGAGUCGCCUCCGCUCCCUGAGUGGACGCCCGUCGCCGAGGCAGCUCAAGCACCGACGCCGUUCCUCAAGGAGAUGCAAAACGGACUCCGCCUGAUCAGGCUGCACAACGCUGCGGUCAAGAAGUCUAGGAGGCGAUUUGGCGCGAUUCCGACGUUUCACAUGGACACGCAAAAGCCCUAUCGGUGCGCCGACAACCUGCGGUACUGGGUCAAGGCCGCAGAGCUGCGCUUCGAGGUGAUGCUCAAGGUGGACGCCCUCGGGGUAGCGCAGAACAGCGGGCCUCAGGUGUGGCAGGAGUUUGAAGCUGCCAUACUCAAGUGGUGCCGCCAUGUGCGGGAGGAGGUGACGAGCGAGCUGGUCAAGUGA